AUGCGCGAAGAAUAUUGGCCACUCAAUGGACGACGAUUGGUACGCAGCAUAAUCCGUAAUUGCAUUCAGUGCACCCGAGCACAUCCCGUUCCGGUACGCCAACAAUUUGGUCAACUUCCAACAGCAAGGGUCACCCCAAGCAGACCGUUCGCAGUGACGGGAGUGGACUAUGCAGGGCCUAUUUAUCUCAAGGCCAUACAUAAACGAGCCUCGCCUACCAAAGCUUAUAUAUGCUUGUUUGUAUGCUUUGUAACAAAAGCAGUUCACCUUGAACUGGUGCACGAUCUUUCUGCUGCAGCUUUCCUCGCUGCUCUCCGUCGCUUCGUGGCGCGCCGUGGCCGGCCUACCCAGUUGUAUUCAGACAACGGCAAGAAUUUCAUUGGAGCGAAAAACGAACUGCACCAGUUGUACCAUAUGCUGAAUGAUUGCACGGAAGCGGGAAGGAUUCAGCAAUCGUGCACGGACGCACACAUUAUUUGGCACUUGAAUCCGCCAAAAACACCACAUUUUGGCGGGCUCUGGGAGGCGGCUGUGAAGGUAGCCAAAUCACAACUAUAUCGCCAGCUCGGCAAUUCACGCCUUUCUUUCGAGGAUAUGACCACCGUAUUAGCCGAGAUAGAAGCAGCAAUGAACUCCCGUCCGGUCCCAAUGACCGAAGACCCAGAGGACUACUCCGUUAUUACGCCAGCACACUUUCUAAUUGGGUCAAGCAUGCACGCUGUACCUGAUCCCAAUGUUCGCGGAAUCUAA